AUAGACUUUAUUUUCUGAAAACAUGAAGACUCAGCUCGUUGGUGUGUGUUUGGCAAUCCUCGGUUUUCUUGGCACCAUCCUCAUCUGUGCACUGCCCAUGUGGAAGGUGUCGGCAUUUAUACAGUCAAACAUCAUCACUGCUCAGGUGUUUUGGGAAGGCUUAUGGAUGAACUGUGUGUUCCAGAGCACGGGUCAGUCACAAUGCAAAAACUAUGACUCGGUUUUGGCUUUACCACAAGAGCUGCAAGCCUCCAGGGCUCUAAUCUGCGUGUCUAUUGCUGUCAGCGUGGUGGCCAUCGGGCUCACAGUGGUUGGAGCUCGAUGCACUUCUUUCUUUGAUUAUGACCAACUGACCAAAUCCAAUGCCGGCAUUGCAGGAGGUGUGGUGUUUAUCAUAGCAGGGAUCGUGUGUAUUAUUCCUGUCACCUGGUCGGCUUACAGCAUCAUCACAGGGUUUUAUAAUCCUGUGGCCACAACAGGAAGCCAAGGAGAGCUGGGAGCUUCUAUAUAUUUGGGAUGGGUAUCUGGAGCACUCCUUGUCAUUGGAGGAAUUACUUUGUGCACCACCUACAGAUGCUGUAGAGGAUGAGAGAACAUGCUGUAGAACAUCCAAUACAUGCUGCAGUUAACAGUUCACAAGACAAUGUGUGCACUCUCAAAGACUUUUUUGUUUUGGGCUUUGAACUUCUAUUUUCAUCACUUUUGUCAACCUGUAAUUGCACAAUAUUGAAAUUUUACAACAAAUCAUAAUGAAAUGUGACACAUUAAUAUAGUAAAUUGCAUGUAUAAUUAUGUAUUUUAAUAUUUUUAAAGAGCUACAAGGAAAAUGAAGUCUGUUUGAGCUACUCUUGGAUUGUAUGUAUGUUGCAUAUGAUAAUACAAAAUGUUUACUGAAAAAAUCUCCGAUAUGCUGUGUAGAGCACAUGUUUUAAAAAAUUUAAUGAAUAGUAUUUGUUUAAGGCUCAUAAUCUUACGCAAUAUUUGUGUUACUGCAUGUGUGAAAAAGUCUUUUUAUACUUUUAUACUUUCAGUGAAUUUCAGUGAUAGUUUUAGUGGAAGUUAGACAAAAUGAAGUAAAC